AUGUCAACAUAUACAGGUAUAUUACGUACGCCCGAUUCAGCAUUCAUCAACCUAUUGGAUUAUCCUUUUGAACCAAAUUAUAUUAAUUUAUCAAAUCCUGGCUGUAUUGGUAAUGGAGAAACAAAAUUACGUCUACAUUAUUUAGACGAAGGAAGCAAGAACAGUAGAGAAACAAUUUUAUUAUUACAUGGCGAACCAAGUUGGAGUUAUUUGUAUCGUCAUUUUAUACCCUUAUUAAAAGAAUAUCGAAUAAUUGCUAUGGACUUAAUUGGAUUUGGUAAAUCAGAUAAACCGAUGAAUAAAGUUGAUUAUACAUACCAAAGACAUGUUAACUGGAUCAAAGAAGCUCUUGAAUAUUUAAAUUUAAAUGAUAUUACAUUAUUCUGCCAGGUAAGCGUGAAGUAA